AUGGCCUCAACGACGUCAGCGACGACCACGGUGGUCGCCACCGAAGCGACAUCGGCAUCGUCCAUUGCCUCACUACCAUCCGGCAAACCAAUCGACUCGUCCGCGCCCAAGUCCAACCGACCGCCCCCUUCCCUCGCCUCCCUCCUGACCGCGGGCCCCUACGCCGUCGACUCGUUCCUCGCCCGCCUCCACCGCUGCCUGCAGACCCGCAGCGGCGCCGACACGGUCCUCUUCUUCAUCUGCUACGCCUCGCGCUUCGCGGGCGCCGCCCUCGAGGACAUCAGCCGCUCUGCCCUCCGCCACGCGGCCCAGAACCUCAUCGCCCUCGCCGUCAAGCUGCCCCCCUCCACCACCGUCACCUUCGACUCGGCGCCCCUCGUCUCUCCGGCUGCCGCCAUCGCCCUCCAGCUCUCCGCGCGCCUCAAGGCCCUCGCCGCCACCCUGAGCGAGAUCCGCACCUUUGGCCGUCUCUGGGGCCUCCUCGGGCUCUACUUUGCCAGCAAGAACCUCGUCAAGUCCGCCCUGGCGCCGCCCAAGAAGGAGGGCGAGGGAGACGGCCGCACCAGGGCGCAGGCCCGCUUCGACACCUUCUGGGCCGCGGCGCAGAUCCUCGCCCUCGUGUCCUUCCAGCUCAACGAGAACAUCGUCUACCUCGCGUCCAAGAAGAUCCUGGGCGUGUCGCCCGCGACGCAGGGCAGGCUGGGCCGGCUGAGCGUGCGGUCGUGGGCCGCGUACACGUUCAUGGAGCUGGCGAGGCUGCUGAUCGUGCGCCAGCGCCGCGCCUCGGCCAGGGCUGGCGGGGAGCUGACGGCCAAGGAUGCCGAGUGGAGGAGGGACUGGACGAAGGACUUCACGAGGAACCUGUCGUGGGCGCCGAUGACGGUGCACUUCAGCGUGGAGAAAGGCCCGCUGAACGAGCUGGGCAUCUCCGCGCUGGGUCUGUAUCCUGCUAUCUCUCAAAUGCGGGAGCUUUGGGCGGACAACGCAUAG